UCUCCCCUUCCCAGAUCCCAUCCAUCCCGAGAGAGAGGAAAAAUCUUCUCCCCCUCCCCCCAAAAAAUCCCAAAACCCUAGGCUUCGGAUCUCCCCCCGGAUCUCGAUGGCGAACCCCCGCGUGUUCUUCGACAUGACCGUCGGCGGCGCCCCGGCCGGCCGGAUCGUGAUGGAGCUCUACGCCAACGAGGUCCCCCGCACCGCCGAGAACUUCCGCGCCCUCUGCACCGGCGAGAAGGGCGUCGGGAAGAGCGGCAAGCCGCUCCACUACAAGGGCUCCACCUUCCACCGCGUCAUCCCCGAUUUCAUGUGCCAGGGCGGCGACUUCACCCGCGGCAACGGCACCGGCGGCGAGUCCAUCUACGGCGAGAAGUUCGCCGACGAGAAGUUCGUCCGCAAGCACACGGGCCCCGGCAUCCUCUCCAUGGCCAACGCCGGCCCCAACACCAACGGCUCCCAGUUCUUCAUCUGCACCGUCGCCACCCCAUGGCUCGACGGCAAGCACGUCGUCUUCGGCCAGGUCGUCGAGGGCAUGAACGUCGUCAAGGCCAUCGAGAAGGUGGGCUCCCGCAGCGGAUCCACCGCCAAGGAAGUCAAGAUCGCCGACUGCGGCCAGCUCUCCUAGAUCUCUCAGAUCUGAUCUGCCUACCCGGCCGCCCUCCCUCCGUCGUCGUCGUCGUCGAGUCCGCCGUGUCCGUCCCUUCCAUUAGCUUCGAUCUGAAUAAGAUGAUGGUGAUCUGAGAGGUGGUCUGAGUUGAGUCGUGUCUAGUCGUUUAUCAUGUGUUCGUGUCCCUCCGUGGUGGUUUAAUUAGGGGUUUAGGUGCUGGAUCUGCGAAUCACUGUGUGAUGGAUAUUGUCUCUGCCUAAUCCAUGUUUCUUCUGUUAUCUCGAUGAAUGAUGCUAUGAGAACUGGAACUUAGCUUUGGUGUUUCGGAA